AUGCUGCACUCGCUGUACAUCAUCAACAAGGCCGGAGGCCUAAUCUACCAGCAGGACCUGAGCCCCGCGGCUCCCAAGCUGAGCUCCAAUGACCACCUGCGUCUGGGUUCCACCUUCCACAGCAUGCACGCCAUCGCAGCGUUGGCAGCGCCCACGAAUUCGGGCGGCAUCGACAGUCUGGAGACCGGCACCUUCCGUCUGCAGUGUCUGCAGACGCCUACAGGCAUCAAGUUCUUCAUCACGGCGGCUCUGGGCACGCAUGACCUGGAUGUGGCGCUGCAGACAGUGUACGAGCUAUACGUCGACUACGUGCUCAAGUUAUUUUGCUAA